AUGAAGAUGCUGAUUUACUGUCUGAAAGUGAUUGUGAUUCAGAUUGUUAUGCUGAUGGCUAUGCCUGCGGCUCCCUGUCCGUCGGAGGAAUGGACUCCCGGUACGGCGGCGGCUCACCACGCUCUGGACGGACGGCCGGUGGCGUCUUUGGCCGCUCCGGUGUCGUCACAGACCGACACGGUGGUGGCGGCGGAGCAGGAGUCCGGUCCGUGGAGCAACGGUCUGGGCAGUGGCGGCUCCUCCGGUGAGGAGAGCGACUGGGACGGCGGCGGACCGGUGGCCACUGUGCGCCACCGGCGCCGUGUGGGUGCCGACUGUGCCCUGAUGCGGCUGAAGCGGCGGCGCGGCGCGCGUCCGCCGGCCGCGGGCGGUCCGGGCCUGCUGCGCGGCCACGCCGACCGGCCGCCACCCGUGCUCCACUCGGCCGGGGUGGGCGCCGCCGGCGGCACCGACACACGCCUGACGAGCGUCAUCAAUGGCGAGGGCGCCGGCGGCGGGGCGGCCGGCGGAGCGGACGGGACGCCGGCGGACGUCGGCGGCCGGCCACUCACCGCUCUGAAAACUGUGAUAGACGACGGCCGGCGGGCCGAGCCGGGCCGCACGGAGGACGACCUGGAGGACGUGUCCGCUGACGAGGGUGUGGGGGACGAGCGGACUUCUCCCGAUGGCCGGCCGCAGGAGCGGGACGACUCGCCGCCGGUCGGAGGGGUCCAGAGUCCGGCGUUAUCGCCGGGUGGGCACCGUCCUGCUUCUCUGGACGAUGUAUCGGACGAGGACGCGCUGGCCGGUAACGGUGUCGAACACGAUGAUGUCGAUGCGAUGGCUGAGGACCGUGAGGUAGGGGAGAACGGAGCUGGUGACUCGCCGGGCUCGGAGACGGAGCCGUGCUCGCCCGGCGGGACUGAUGGCGCUGACGGAGACGGAGAGGGUGAGACGCCGCUGCCCGGAGGGGAGCAGCCAUCAAUCCAGGAGGAUCGGGCGUCGGAGGAGCGACUGUCCACUCCAGAGGACGGGCCGUCCGCCCCGGAGGAGCGACCAUCCUCCCCAGUCGAGCGACCAUCCACCCCGGAGGGGCGACCAUCCUGCCCGGAGGAGCGACCAUCCACCCCACCAGUCGAGCGUCCAUCCACCCCACCAGUCGAGCGUCCAUCGACCCCGGAGGAACGGACGUCCACCCCGGAGGAGCGACCAUCCACCCCGGAGGAGCGACCAUCCACGCCCGAGGAGCGAUCAUCCUCCCCAGUCGAGCGACCAUCCACCCCGGAGGAGCGACCAUCCACCCCGGAGGAGACGCCCUCGCCGUCCGCGGGGAGGACGCCCGAGUCGCCUAGCGCGGAGGUAGACGAGGCUGAUCCUCUAAAGUGGCCGACCACUGAGAGGACACCAAAGUCGCCGAAUGAGAAGGAAGCAGUGGUCAGCCCACCAAAGUCACCGAGUGUUGAGGCACCUGCAGCUGACCCACUAGAGUCUCCUAUGGCGGAGAGGACACCCGAGUCGGAGGUGGUUGACCUACCAGAGUCGCCGAGUGUUGAUCCCGCUGAUAGUACCACUACUGUGGCAGCGGCAGAUGUGGUAUCAGAUGAUAUUGGCAGCGUGGCUGAGGGUGAUGCGGACGCUGACGCCGAGCUGUGCGAAGCGGAGUCUGAGCCGGACAGGCCGGCCGACUCAACUCUUGAGAAAGAAGCAUUUAGUCCUAACCAAAGACUCAUUGAGAGUGGGGAUGAUGUAAGUGAGAUAACAUCCACCCUGCACCAAGAAUGUGUAGCAGGCGGUGUUUCUAGCGGUGCUUCUGGCGGUUUUAUUUCUGACAUGGGCUCUGUGGAUAAUCUUCCCGCGGAAGAGGCCUUGAUAUCCAACGACCGUGCCACCUCGGGAGAGAAGCCUCAUCCCAGGGAGGAUCGCGAGUCCGUCGCAUCCGAUAUGGGCGAUACGGAAUCCUCCAUCGUUGCUGAAAGCUCAACACGUCCAGACGGUUCUGACUGUUCCGAGGCAGCUGAGCCAUGUGAACUAUUGCCAGGUCACGAAAGGGUGAGCGAUAGUGAAGAGCCAUCUGCUGGCGAUGGCGAUGCGGUUCAGGCAGAUGUAGCGAGUGACUCAAAGGCAGCUAUGAGACAAAACAUUCUACCAGGCCAUGAGUAUAUCAGCGAUAGUGGUGAGGAGUCCCCUGUCGUCAUUGAAAGCUCAGAACACUCGGACACUGUUAGUGGCUCCAAGGCAGCUUCUGAACACAGUCUUCUCCCAGGCCACGAACGUGUCAGUGAUAGCGGCGAUGAAGUAGAGCCUGCUGUAGCCGCUGGCCCUGACGGGGCGGCUGUCAGUGAUUCCGCCGCUGUGGUGGGCGGUGCCGCCGGACUGGCGUCUCCCGUGUACUCUCCGGUCAUGUCCCCGACCAGUAUCCACUCGCUGGAGUCUGUGGGCUCGCCGCAGCGUGGGUCCGCUGCGGCGCCCGCUGAGCCGGCCGCCGGACACAGCGCGCUCGGCGUGGCAGACGCCAGUGACGUCUCAAGCGACGAGGAGCUGGUACGUGACGAGGCCGGUCAGCCGGCCGCGCCGGAACCCCCCGCUGAUGGCUCGCAGAGGCCGGCCGGUGACUGGAAGCUGCUGCCCGUCGAGAGCAUCUCCUCGCCGGAGAGUUUCGGGCCGGACCAGGAGGAACCAGAGGAGCCCGCGCCGGCCCCCGAACCGGAGCAGACGAGUCCGACUCCGACUGAGACGCCGCCACCGACGGCGGCGGAACCAACCGUCGGGCCGGCCGCGGCGCCCGCGACCACGCCGGCGCCGCUGCUCUGUCUCGGCACAGAGCAGAUAUCUGACAACGAGGAGGACGGCUUUGACGACGGGAUGGAGGAGGGUGAGAUACCGUCAGAGAGGCCUCCCACCCCGCCGCCGCCGCCGGCACCGGCACCGGUCCUCCUGCCCCCGGCACUCCCAGCGACGGCGGCAGAGUCGGUACUGCAGCGACAGCCCGGCGACAGCGAACACAACGACGACGCCGAUCUACCCGAGGGCGACUUCGAGGAGGGGGAGAUUCCCUCCGACCUGCCACCUGAACCACCGGUGGCGUCUCCGAAGCGCCCAGAAGAGUCGCCACCGCCUGGUUCCGGCACGCCGCCGCCGGACGCUGUCGCUCAGGUGCCACUCUCGCCGGCUGAUGAGCCACCGCCGGAUGGUGACUACGAGGAGGGAGAGAUCGUGGAGGAGCAGCCACCAUCGGCCGACGAGCCGGCUGACGACGACGCUGACUCGCCGCCGCCGUUGACGGUGCCGCCCCCGCGCGGUGAACCCUCCGACGGAGAGGAGCCCGUACGGGGCCCGUCCAGGGGCAACGCGUCGCCGUCGGCGCGCCACGCGGCCACCGCCGGUCCCACGACCAUCAACGAUGACGACGACGCGCCAGACGUUGACGAAGAAGUGCGCGAUUUUGUCGUGAGUGAGAAGACCAUCACUGGUCUGGAUGAUGAUGAGGAAGGGGACGCUGUAGGGUGGAAGAAGUUCCGCAGCACGCGGGGGCGUAACUAUCGUGAUGGAAAGCCGGCCAGCCGCACGGCGGCCAGAUCCAAAGAGACUGGAGAAUCGCGAAAGGAGACCAGACGCUCACCACCCGCGGACGGUGGACGGAAGGGCAAAAAGCGGGACAUUCAGCGGUACGAUGUCCGCAAAGUGAUCACGGAGCGGAAAAUGCGCGCUCAGGAGAAUCAGGAGCGGGCUGGCGUCGUGCGGCGCUCGCGUUCGUCCAGCUCAGCGGGCUCGCGCUCGCCGCGCCGGGCCGCCCAGAGAUGGCGGCGGUCACGCACGCUCAGCCGCUCGCCGGGACGUCGUCACCGCGAACACCGACGAAGGUCUCGGGAGAGGCGCUCUCCGCCACGGCGCGGUCACUCGCGCCAUUCGCCCGCACGCCAUUCGCCCGCACGCCAUUCGCCUGCGCGCCACUCGCCGUCGCGUCUCGCCCAUCCGCAUCCGCGCCACUCGCAUCCGCGUCAUUCGCUGUCUCCCACACCGCCACAUAAACGAACCCAGUCACCUGUGAAGAAGGGAAAGGAUAAGAGCAGAGAACGGAAGAGGAAACUCAGUCCGUCGCCGGGCGCUGCUCCGAAGAAACUAAAGAAGAGGAAGGAGAAGGUGAAAAAGAAAGACGACAAAAAGAAGAGGAAGAAGCGCCUCAAGUCGCCCGUCUCGAAGGCGGUGAUUGUGGACGGUGAUAACCUGGUGGUGAGUGUGAACUUCUCGAAAGAGUCCCGCGACCGGCUGGGUACCAAGAGCCGCUUGGUGAGGCACGAGGAUCGCGAGCCGUCCGUCGAACUCUCCCCGGUGCGGGACAAACCGGCCAGAGUUCGGGACCUCCCGACUCCCUCCAAAGACAAGCGACUGCCAGUCCGCGAUCGCGACCGAGACCUGCCGCGUCGCGAUCGCGAGGAGCGAGUCAAGCCCCCGCGUGCCGGUCGCCAGGAGCGCGAUCUCUCGCCGGCUCGGCAGCGGCGAGAUGCCAGAAAGGAGAACAAGGAUCCAAAGCAGAGCGCGCGCUCGGAGCGUAACAAGGACGGCAGUGAGCGCCGCUCGCUGUCGCCUCGCCCGGCUCGCGGCAGCAAGAGAGCUCGCAGUGUGACACCGCCACGGAAGCGCCGCAGUCCGAGCCCGCGGUCUAGAGCGGCGGCCAGCCCGCGGGCCGCACCGCGAGUCCGGGCGCCAAGUCCCCGCAGUCCCCGGGCUCGACUGCCGAGUCCGCGAGGUCGAGCGGCCAGUGCCCGAACACGGACUCCCAGUCCCCGCUCUCGGGACCAGCUCAGUCCGCGACCACGGGCGCCCAGUCCUCGUGGCAAGGCAGCCAGUCCGCGGGCCCGCAGCAGAAGUCGGUCGUCAGAGCGACCGCGCAAACACCCGCGCCGCUCGCGCUCGGGCAGUCGCUCCAGCUCGUGGUCUCGCUCGUCCGACUCGAGUGAGUCUCCGGCACCGAGUCACCGCCGCUCUGACAGCCUCUCGCGCCGCCGGCAGCGUCGCAGUCCGGACCUGAUCGAUUUGGACGAGGUGGUGGAGGUGUCGCCGCGGCGAGACGAGCCUAUCGUCAUCACCGACUCAGACGGCGAGACUGAGUCGACGGCGCCGCGGCCGGCGCAGGCCCGCGCUGCUGCUCCUGCCGCGCGGCCGGCGCCCGCUGCGACCGCAGAGCCAGCGGCGUCGGCCCCGCGCGCGACAGCCCGCAGUCCGCGCGGCCCGAAAACUCCGCCGGAGCCGGCCGCCGCCGAGCCGUCGGUGCGGUUCUCGCUGAGCGCCAAGCUGGCGGCGGUGAGGAUGAUCAACAACCCGCUGCAAGAGGAAGACGACGAGGGAGACUCGCCACCGGCGACGACGGCAGCGGCGACGACGGCGGCCGCCGCGGCGCCGGCGGCGGCGACCACCCAGCCGUCGGCGGCGGCGCCGCGCGGCCCGACCACGCCGCCCGAGCCGCCGCCGCCGGACGCUUCCGAGGCCAAGUUCGGCGACCAGUACGACCCGUUCGAGCCGACCCACUCGCCGUCGGGGACGCCCGACUCUCCGCCGUCGCCCGACGCCAUGGACAGUCCCGAGCUGGCGGCGUCGCCCGCGGCGCCGGAGCCGCCCCCGCCGGCCGCCGCCGAGCCCUCCCCGCCUCCACCGCCGCUGCCGCCCGCGGAGCAGCGCGACCGGGCCGCGGAGAAACCACCGGAGCCACGCCACCCGGCAGAGGCGGAAAAACGACCACCGCCGGCAGCAGCGCCGGUGACCAGUCUAUUUGCCGGCCUACCGCCGCCGUCGGCGGCCAGCCUGCUCAGCAGUGUUCUGAGCAGCGUGCUACCCGACACCUCACGGCCACCGCCCAGUCUGCCCGCUUCCUCGGCCGCCCCGGCCGCCUCCUCGAGCUCAGCGGCGCAGGCCGCGCCGGCGACCGCCACCGCGCCUCCGCCGGCGGCGCAGAACGGCCAGCGAGGCUCGGCAGAUGUGAUCGACAUGGACGUCUCGCCGUUCUCCCCCGACUCGCCCAACUCGCCCGACUCGCGCGAGGGGGACGACCUGUUCGAGCCGCCGCGGCCGGCGCGCGCGCCGCAGCCGGGCGCCGCCGGCCGCGCCGGACGUCGUAUGGAUCCCAAGGAUCGGUUCGAGGCGAUGUUUGGCGGCGCACAGGGCCGGGGCAAGGCGACACCGGCGAAGGCCACCCCGACCAGGGCGGCGCCCGGGAAAGGGGUGCCGGGGAAGGCGGCAGCGGGCAAAGCGGCUGGGAAGCAGCGACCGGCGGCCCGCGGCGCCCGGGCGGGCAGGCGCACGGGCGGUAAGGCUGGCGCCGGGUCGGCCGCCGCCGACGUCGAUGACGCACUAAGGAUUGUCGACGACGUACCCAACUCGGCUGUGGAGAUGCAGGUAAAGGAAAAGUUCCUAAAGAAGCUAAACCGCCAGGAGCGUGUGAUAGAGGAGGUGAAGCUGGUGCUGAAGCCCUUCUAUCACAAGCGCACCAUCACCAAGGAGCAGUACAAGGAGACCUUGAGGAAGUCGGUCCCCAAGAUUUGUCACAGCAAGUCAGGCGAAAUCAACCCGAAGAAAAUUCAUUCACUCAUCAUAAGUUACGUGAAAAAGUGCAAAUACCUUAAUAAAAAGAACCAUGUCACGGUGCCGAAUCCGAGUACUUCGACGCCCGUCAAGGGCAAAGUGUGACACCUGUGUUCCGCCGACCCGUCGUGAAAUAACUGCUUUUUGAUUAGUGUUAUUUAUAUUGCGCUUUGUUACUAGAUUUAUCGAAGCGUUCUUGGUGUACCACAGUGCUAUGUAAGCGAGCUGGUGAAUGAACUGUGUCUAGCUGUGGACGUUGGCGCGGCGCGGCGCGGCCGCUUCGGUGGUAUGUGGCGUGGUGGACCGCGCUGGUACCUCGCCCUCCUUCAUCGCAGAGAUAUGUGAACUCUGUGAACAUCGUGAUGUGACCGACAAGUCCAAAACAUGGCGCCAACAGUUGGAAAUGGCCAGAAAUACAUAUGUACAAAAAUCG